UUGACGGAAGGAGAGAACGGACAUUUCGCGUAUACGAUAUACACACACGUGAAACAGACGAAAACCGACGUUGCUGUUAAAACGUGUUUUAUUUACUAAAAAUGAGCGUAACGACAGUUGAACACGGCGGGGAGGUGGACGACGAUCAUCUUUUUCUCGAUCAAGUUCUGAACAAGUUGUAUGAUUUUGGUGAUAGAAAAAACAAAAGAUUGGGCAAGUCUCAGAAAAGAAAGAACUCCUCUAAAGAUGAUGUGAAGGACACUGAGGGUGAUACAGAAACAGCCUGUCAUGGCACAGACUCGGAGCAGCUCCUGACAAACUCUGGGACUAAACGAUCCGACGUGGAGGUCGUUACAUUCAUUGAUCCUUUGAAGAAGAGCAAAUUAUCAAAGGCUGUUGAACCAAGGAAGAAGGUUUCGGAUGUCAAAGAAAAGCAGAAGAACGGCUCAGAUGAAAAACUAACAAUAGAGAAGGCUCGCUUUGAGGUUCACAAGUUGGGGCUUUCGGGGUAUCAGAAGCAGCAGCAGAGGGUCUUUGAGCAGGACAGAGCCAUCAUGCUGGGUGCCAUUCCCCCUAAAAAGCAGUACGUUAACUACAAAGUGUAUCAACAAAGGAUUCAAGAACAGAAAACGAAAGCAGAAGAGGAAGCUAAAUCUGAACCACAACAAAAAAGAAAGAAAGAAUGGAAACCAAGGGCCGAGAAAAGUAAAUCGUCUGGCGGAGAGCUCGGUGGACAAGUUGGACGAUUCAAAAAUGGAAUGCUGAUGUUGAGUUCCAAAGACAUUCAUAAAUUUAAAGUUAAAGUCAAAAAGUAACAGCUUUUUCUGAAACUUCAGUAAAUACAUUUAAAUUUGUAUGGAAUAUCACAUUUUGACUGGGCUGAAGUUAAUAUGUGCCACGCUUUUUUUUUUUUUUUUUUUUUACGUGCAGAACGCUCCUAAUCUCUUCAGGAAGUCCAAAAGCGUAGUUUCGUUUACCGUAAAUCGUGCUUUUUGGGGGGUUCAAAAAAUAUGUGGGGCUCUAAACUCGGUCAGAUUUAAUUGGCGUGAAAAGAAACGAUCACAGAGGAGAAAUUCUGAAUAAAGACGCGUGGAUCACAGUUUUAUUGUUUAUUAAAAGGGAAAGACACUGGUUUUCUUCUACGCUAAGUAGUAAGAAAAGAAUGUCAUGUACAAUGUAUUUGAUAUACAAACCACAGAGACGUACAAAAUAUCACCUCAGUAAGAGGAAAUGAGAGCUGAAGAUCACAUACAGAAGAAAAGCACCAAAAACACGCACCCACAUAUUAGAGUUUGCUUCAAGGAGGAUGAUGAUGAUGAUGAUGAUGAUGAUGAUGGUACACAGCGCCACAGCUCGGUUCAUAUGUGUGUGUCUUGUGUCAGUAGAUCAAUGGAAAGGCUCUUCAGGGAAACGGCAUGUCUUUUCUUUGCCAAACUUUUCACAAUGAGACAGUCUGGGGGCCGAACACCUGACCAAUGUACGUCCGUAUAGGUAAUGUGCUGCAUAUAGAAAAAUAAAUCCUCAAAUGCUUGGUACAGUG